GCGACGCUGCGAUCAUGUCGAGCAACGAGGUUUAUCUCUUGUGGGGGUCCACUGGAUGGAUAGGAGGCAUCCUACAAGGACUUCUCCGUGAUGGAGGGAAGAAGGUUGUGGUCGCCAAGGCGCGCUUGCAGAACAGAGAAGAAGUCGAGAAGGAGCUCGAUGAGCACCAGCCAACGAGGGUCCUCAUUGCGGCUGGCAUCACAGGAAGGCCGAAUGUCGAUUGGUGCGAGACAAACAAAGAAGCCACGGUCCGAACCAACGUCAUCGGAACUCUUGGGAUUGUGGACGCCUGCUGGCAGCGCGGCAUUCAUGCUACAUUGUUUGCCACGGGAUGUAUCUACGAAUACGACAAGGAUCAUCCGAUCGGUGGUCGUGGGUUCACAGAGGAAGAUCGUCCGAACUACGACGGGUCAUUUUACAGCAAAACUAAGGCGAUUGUUGAGGAGCUGCUGAAAGUGUAUUCGAAUGUGUUGAUUCUGAGGCUCCGCAUGCCAAUCUCAGACGAUCUGAGCGAGAGGAGUUUCGUGACGAAGAUAGCCAAAUAUCACAAGGUUGUGGACAUCCCGAACUCCAUGACUGUUCUCAACGAGCUGCUGCCCCUUUCCCUCUCCAUGUCAGAGGCCAAGUUGACCGGCAUCUACAAUUUUUGCAACCCUGGUGCCAUCUCGCACAAUGAGGUUCUACAAAUCUACAAGGAAGAAGUUGAUCCCAACUUCGAGUGGUCAAACUUCACGGUGGAAGAGCAGGCGAAGAUUCUGGGGGCAGGGCGCAGCAACAACUUCUUGGAAACAAAGAAGCUGGAAGAUGAAGCUAUCAAGCUCGGACAUUCGAUCCCCGACAUCAAGACUGCUGUACGGCAAGCUCUGCGAAAGGCGAAGGCGAAAUUGGUUGCCGAGGGAAGAUUUCCCGAUGGCCUUCCGAAGAAGUUGGGACCGGGCAACAAGUGAAGUGAAAGAGGAAAGGAUGGGAGGAAUGGAGGAGAGAACAAGGGAGAAAUGUUGGACCUUGCAUGCCAGUGGGAGUGCAUGCGACCGUGAAUUCUUACAGACAACGUGAUAGAUCGGCGAACAAUUUAUUGUUAAGCUCUAGUGAAAACCGAAAGCACUGAA